AUGGAUUUCUACGAACCAACGCUUUUGUUUAGGCAAAACGCCAUCAAGAGACCUGACCUGGUCUCUCUGCUGAGCUCCUACUACGGCUCAGACAACGAUUCUUCAGCCACACUCCCUUCACAUCACUCCAACCGCUCCAGAACGCUGUGGCUCUUGAACCACUCGAAUGCUCUGGACACACAAAUCCUCAAUAAGGCGUGUUCCUUGGACAGAGUGAAUAUCAAGUCGAACUACUGGAAGAUUCCCGACAACAGCAUGGACUUGACGGCGCUUGCAACCAGCAGCGUGGAGUCUGCUUCCCCACUUUUGGCCAUUUCCAGUGCCCAAGCAGAAAACAACCUUUUCAUCUACGAGCUCGAUGCCGUCAACCACUACUUGACCCACCAUACUACCAUAUCCUUGCCCAAUAUCCACACACUUGCCUGGGUGCCCAACCAGAAGUCUCGCUACCUUGUUUCUGGAAACAGCAAAGGCUAUGCCCAUCUUGUGUCCGUGCCACACCCUCAUUCAUACACUGGCGAAGCAGAGGGAGACGAGUGUGCUGAAAUCGUGAAACGCUUCAACCACCGCAAGCACCUCAAGUCCGUCAACAAGGACCCUGCUGCCCAUACCCACGCCACCACUUGCAUUUCGGAACUCGGUUUCACCGCCAACGACAAAUUGGUCUCCAUCUACGACAACACCUUGUUUGUGUGGAACAUGAACGACUGUGAGGCUUCUGCCAAACCACGCCCUGAAGGAAUCCUGGUGAUUCCGGGCAUAAAGAGCUUUGACACGACGCCAAGGCAGGUGAACGAUCCUUUCACUUUGGGACUCUGUGGUUCCUUUGGCAUUUCUCUCUUUGACUUCAGAAGCCGGGGCCACAAUGUUCCAAGUUCUUCACUCCACGCUAACGGCACACCUAGCCAGCUUUCAGCCAAUUUGCUCAGAUGGUGUCCUACAAACGAAUACGUUAUGGCUGCCGCCCACGGCGAUGGUGUCGUCAGACUUUGGGAUCUUCGAAAGCAGGAUACUUUCGCAAGUUUGACCGGCCAUAUGAAUAAGAAGGUGACUGCUCUAGAAUGGAACGACAACGACAUUUUCACUGGCUCCAGCAACGGCAACAUCAUUCACUGGGAUUUGUCUAGUGGACUUGACCCUACUGAGGACAUUGCUAACCACGCCGAUAAGCUCCAGACCUGCUCGAUGAAGGAAGGACUCUCCAGUGUUUCCUUUGACACUGUCAGAAAUACCAUGGUGGAUGUUGCCAGCGAGAGACAGUGUGGCACCAUGCUCCCAGCGCUGAACAACAACAUUGUGGGUAUGUGCCGUGUGAGAGACCUGGAAAGCGACUUGACUGACUGUAAGAUCGUCACCAUUGACGGUUCGUCUUUCCUCGGAUUGCACUCGAAGAUCUACGACGCUGUGGAGAAUACCAGCAGUGAUAAGGACUUCUACACGGCUGAGGACAUCGACUUGAUGCUGAAGGAGGAAUUAUCUAAUGCCACCCUCAUCAACUCCAGCGACAGCUUGACACAGCCAUUGAACAUCCAAAGAAAGGUCACACACUCCAAGACCAACACAGAGUCUUCCAUCCGCACAGACGACUUCAACUUCAACCUUGGUUUCGACUUGGACGAGGUUAUAUCUCUCCACUCGGUGGAUUCAGAACCAAGCAAGUCUCACUCAAGCACGUCACCCAACUCUUCGGUGCUGAACAACGACUCAAACUACACUCUUUCGACAGUGGCAACCGUGAUAGACUCUCCUUCACAGACCCACACACAUGCAAAGAAGUCGCUGUUGGUCUUCUUGGACGAUGGUCUCGAAAAGAUCUGCUUGGACUUCUCCAGCCAGAACCAGUACACGACAGCAACAUAA